GCAUGGGCUGGCCUUGAGCUCCAGCUUCAACUCAUUACCAGUCGUCUUCUAUCCGGUGCUCCGCCCGUCAUUCACUCGGCCCAGCGGCAGGCAAAGAGCUUUCACGCAUCCACGAUGUUUUCUUUAGCGCUGACAGCCGAGCUGAACGGCGUCACCAAUCUUCGCCCUCGAGAUACAGAAGACAGCCCUUUUUGGUAUACGUUCACCGUACAGUGCACGUCAUGCCGGGAAACGCAUCCUAAGCCUGUGGCCGUCAACAGAUUUGAAAACAAUGAAAUGAGCGGCAGCCGCGGGGAGGCCAACUUUGUGUGGAAGUGCAAGAACUGCAAGCGCGAAUCCACUGCCUCGAUAAAACUCGGUCCCAAGCCCUAUGAGCACGCCGAGCCCCCCACACGGCAGUCUAUAAUCGAGUUUGACUGCAGAGGCCUCGAGUUCACAGCCUUUGCUCCAGAAGGCGAGUGGCUCGCGGACGCCAUAGACUCUGGGACCAAGUUUGAAGGAAUUGACUGUCUUGGUGAGGGCGAGUGGUUUGACUAUGAUGAGAAGGCCAAUGAGGAAGUGAGUAUCAAAGACCUCAAGUGGGAGAUCAGGAGGGCAUAGUUGAUCUCGCGGGUUUCUACAAAUGAGGUCAAUUAUUGAAUAGAAAGCUGCCAGACCAACAUCACCACCCAAUUGGUACAAGAAUCUCAUUUCGCUGUGAAUGAACC